UACUACAACUUAGAAAGUGUAGGGAGACUGGGAGAGGGGAAAAAACGACAGGCAUCUCGGAGUUGACCACAAAUGGAGGUUCUAUUUUCUGGGCUGGAGUGGAAUCCAGGUUUUCACAAGGUGGAAGAGACGAGAGAUCCUCCUCCGGAGAGAGAGAUGGCGGUAGGAAUUCGGCUGUGGUGGUACGUCUUCUUUGGCUUGGGUUUCGCGAUAAUAUUGUGCUCCGCCCGCAACACCGUCCUUCUUGUUCAGCCAGCUGGAGAUGAUGGGGUGGGGAUGGUGAUGACAGAAGGAAGGAGGUACCUGAAAACCAACAUCGACGAUUACGGAGAGCCUUCGGCGAGCCACGAGCACGACCCUAGGAAUAAAAUAGGUAGCGGCAGCGGCAGCGGCGGCGGUGGUCGGAAGAACUGAGACAUUACUCAAUACUCACACUCCUCCCUUUGCCACCCACCUACCCAUCCACCCAUACAAAUAUUAUUUUAUGUUUCCACGGUUCUACUAGCUGGCUGCCGGCCUGCCGCCAGUGCCAGUGCUUCUUCUCGGCGAUCAUCAGCUUAUUCCUAUUAUUUAUUAUGGUGUUGGUUUUUAUUAUAUUUAUAUGCUCCUUAAUCCAGCCAAACAUUGUUUGAAACAAGUUUUUUUUAAUGAGAGAGAGAGAGAGAGAUGAGCUAUAUUCUAAACGAGACAUGUUAAUGCUUUCGUCCA